GCCAAUUAAUGUCCUGUGUGACCUGCUCUUGCUGGCAAUCAUAGAUAUUUGGGCUAGCUCCUCAUGCUUUUCCAUGCUCCUGUAAGUAAUGAAUUCAAUAAAGGCAUGGGGCUUGGGGCACCCAGAAGGAAUCAUGCGGCCAAAGCAAAAGAAGGAGGGUUACAAUAAAGAAUGGGGGCAAAAGAAAAGAAGUACAUUGCCAAACCCACCUCAGGAUCACAAGUUGGAGAAGAAGGCUCUUCGAUUGUGCGUGAAACCCAGAUGAAACUCCUUUCCUUUCUUUCUCCACCCUUCUCGUACUUGCAUCUGUCUCUGUUCAUGCAAGAUCCCAAGAACCACGAAUCUAACGCAAGGAAGCCAUGGUACCAGAGAGCAAUAGGAAUGGGGAGCCUGUGGAAAUCGAUUUCCAAGUCGGUGGCCACGGAAAUUCCCAGCGGAAACGAGGGCCAAGUGCCCAGAUCAAGUUCCAACUCCAAUAAGAACAAGCAGCAGCUAAGAAAAUGCACGUCUCUCAAGGUGGCCACUUCCUUCACAAGGGUAUGCCUCUGCGCGCCCAUCUCUUCCUACAAUAAAGUCUUCCGAGCGGAGGUUCCUCCCAGGAGGAGCAACAGUUUCCCCAGAGCGAAACCAUUACAGUCUAGCGCCAGCUCCUGUCAUGCCCAAGAAGGAAUACUUGCCAGUGCCAGGCUCAGCACGGAGGGGAGAAGAGUUUUCAGGGGGAAAUCAUUGACUGAUGAUGUCCUCAUGAGGAGGUUUGUGAUUGAAGAAGAAGCCAUGAUGCAAAUCAGGAGAAGAAAUCAAAUGGAUGUUAUUCGAAGGAGUAUGGUGAGGAGACACAAGCUCGGCCCUAGUCCCCUGUGCAGAAUGGUUUUGGCUGAGCCUCAUUAGUCAUCACAAUCACCAAACCUAAUUCAUUUUUCUCUCAUCCCCUUCAUUUUAAAUUUCAUCUCUAUGCACGCUUUUCCCUCACCCAAAUUUAAGCAUUUUUUUUAAACAAAAAAAGAGUUUAUGAUGGGGGCGCCCUUGAUCAAGAACAAAUCUUCCCAACUCACUCCUCCUCCUCCUCCUCGUGUUUUGCUUACAAGACACUCAAACUUGACAGUAAGACCCAGUCGAUCAAGGGCAAUGCUUAUUUAAUUUGUAUUUGGAGGCCUUGUUAGGUUGUUCAAUCGGCGCUAACCAGGCUCUCGUGACGCAUUUGCUCUGUCACACAUCCCGGCCCAAUUAUAGUCUUAUGGAUCUCUGUCGGCCAUCCUGUUCACAUUUUUUAAGCUAAGCGAUACACGUAUGAUAUAUUCUUUCAGCUUUC